GAUGUUGCGUGUAUAUACUUAAGAUAAUUCCAAUCCAUUUUCUGUCGCGCCUGAAUGUCGGAGAGAUAAUAGUUAAUCGAUCGAGACUUUAUUUGUCUUCCACACGUGCAAGUAAUUCUGCAAUUAUUAUUAUUCACAUCGAACAUGCAAUAUCUAGCGCCUCAAAGAAGGGAGAAAAGGGUUCUCGUCGUCGAGAGCGCAUAUGCAAUUCGGAAUUCACGGAGAGAUGAUCGCGGAAAAUCAGCACUACAAUAUUAAUUGUAUUCUUUUACGAAUAUGCGGUUUGUGGCCCUAUGAAAAUACGAAAUUUCGGUAUGUACGAGUAGUGUUCUUAUACGGAAUAUUAAUCUCCUUCGUGAUUUAUCAGGUAUAUGUGUCGAUCCGAUCAGAUGGAAAUGUUUCAGAGUUACAACCAUUUCGCUACAAUAUUCUUGAUAUCUUUAUACUAUCGAUUUUAGUUGAUAAUUCUGUUCGUCCACGAAUACAAUUUUAAAUUAGUCCUGAAGAUCAGUUCGGAGAUGCUUCCUCUUGUUAUUUGCAUAUUGCAAUUCAAUGCCUUUGUAUUUAAUUCAAGAAAUGUGAGUGAUUCUCCAGUUCAGGUUUAUAAAAAUCUUAAAUAUAUAAAACAUUCUUGCGACAGGUUUACUUCGUAAAAAAAAUAUUUUAUAUAAAUAGAGUAUAUGUAAUUUAACAUACGUAAGCCCCGUUAACAAAAUUUAUAAUCACAGUUUUUGCUUGUUUUUUAACAUAAUUAUCUUAGUCUAUGGUUGCAUGAACGACGACAAAAUAUUUGCUUUUAUUCAAUUUAAUCUAUUUAAUUACGUAAUGUGUGCAAAAAAAUUUUUAAUUGUAAGUGAUUUAUAGGUGAAGCGACUAUUAGAUCAGAUUUGGGAAGAUAUGAACGUACUGAAAGAUUCUAAAGAAGUUGAAAUAGCAAAAGAAUAUGGGAAGUUUACGAAACGACUUACAAUCAUUUUAAUCCUGUACACAAUUUUAAGCUUGUUUAUUGUGAUAUUGGUGCAAUAUAUUCCGAUCGUCAUUAAUGAUCCCGUUGCGGUCAAUAAAUCUUUCUUAAGACAAGAUAAUAUUUCUGAGGUAUAUCUCGGUAAAAAAGGAUAUAUUUACUUUUUCAUAACCGACUUUGUGGGUGGAUUCAUCAUGACAUCCAGUAUAACAACGAUUAUGGCAUACUUGCGACACAUUUGUACGAUGCUCAAGAUCACUUGUUAUCGUAUCGAAAAAUCAUUGGAUGAGAAUAUUUUACGUAUGUCUAUUUCUCAACAAGAGAAAAUGAUAUACCAGAGGUUAAUUAGUGCCGUCCACAUUCACCAAAGAUCUAUGCAGUUGGUAUUAGUUUAAAAUAAUAUUAAAGAGAAUGAAUUUCCU